AUGGAAAAUGAUUUGGCUAGAGAUGCUAGUGUAGAAGAACAGGAAUGUGAUAUAUCGGAAUCAGAUACUGUCGAAUAUCCUUACUGUCGCGAAAAAAUGCAAUGGAUGCAGGAAGGAUGGCAAACACAUGAAUGUUAUGCAUCUUACGGUGUAAAUGGAACGUUCUGUUCGUUCAGGAUUUAUCUUUCUGAGGUCGAAAAGUAUUGUCCGAUUUUGUCGUGGCGAACAGUCAUAAAAGAUGAUAUUGCAGUUUUGCCUGAAAAUGAAGUACUCCCGGUAAAACGAAUUUUGUCGGACCUUCUUAAACUUAUGUUUGAUAAUAAGCUUAAUUAUGAAUUUAUAAGAAAUCGAAUUUCUCAUUUAUGGCCUAAAUGGUUGAGUGCUUACAAUGAACUGAUAAUCAAAUGGCCAAAAGUUAUAUCUUCACGAUCAAAACUCAAUAUAAUAGUGCACAUGGGUUUUCUGAGCAAGGAAAGUGGUUUCAAAUUCGGUGAGCUAUCAUCUACCGGUGGACCACUUGGAGAACUUGUGCAAUGGUCCGAUUUGAUUGCAGCACUUUAUCUUUUGGGCCACAAUCUUAUGAUUUCUACUGAAAUUAGCACACUAAAAAAAAAUUUACAGAAAAUCGAUUAUAAUUUUCCUUGUCCACUUCAAGGUGGAGAAAUAAUUAAUCUUCUUUUCACUGAUAUUAUUGGCCUCAAGUAUCUCCGUGGAAGAAUGAGUGAUUUUUUUAACAAAAUGAAGUGUAAAUUACGAGUUCUGGAUUCAUUCGGUACACAUGCGGAAUUCAAUUCUCAAAAUUACUUCAUCACUCAUAAAAAUUCAUUGGGUGGAUCAGGGAGUAAUCCGUGGGGUAACCAUCAGUUGGAUUUGCAGCAGUUCAUGACUAUGUUUCCUCAUACAGAUGAUAACACUUUUCUCGGCUUUGCGGUGGAUAUGCAUUCAGUUAACCAGGAUAUCAAGAGAGAUAAUAUUACACUGGUUUAUGGCAAAGCAGGCUAUAUGUGGAAAAAUGCGAAACGACUCAUAGAAAGAGUACGAAAAUUUACGGAUGUGCAUGCAACAGUUAACGAUAGUCUUGGUUUUCCAUUUGAAGGCCCUGCACCAUUAGAAGCCAUUGCAAGUGGUGUUGUUUUCAUCAACCCUGCGUUUAAUCCUCCCAAAUCACGGAAUACAUCUGAUUUCUUCAAGGACAAACCAACUUUGCGUAAACUAACGAGUCAAAAUCCCUAUGCGGAGCUUUUUAUCGGUAGGCCCCAUGUAUUAACUGUUGAUAUUGAAAAUUUAUCGCAAGUGGAAGAUGCAAUACAUGAAGCUUUACUUUCGAAACCUACUGCGUAUAUUCCUUUCGAAUUCACAAUUUUGGGAAUGCUGCAGCGAGUCAGUAUUCUUGUUUCCAAACAGGACUUUUGCCAUGUCGGUCGUUUUCCUCCUCCAAAUGCGAUGUUGACCGUUGAGGCAGUUCCAAUGCAAUCUUGUCAAGAUGCAUGUCGACAAUAUAAUCUUAUGUGUGAGCGUUCAUUCUUCCGUGUCGUAAAUGUGCCUGGAUUUCUGAACAAGAGUGGGUCAUGUGCGGCACUGAGAAGUACCUCAAGUCCAUAUGCACCAUAUGAAUGCUCGAAACAAGAAAAUCCAGAUUUGUAUAGUUGUGCAUCUGUUCCCAUCACUCCGAGCAUCCGACGAAUCUGCCCUUGUCGUGAUUUUAUACGGGGCCAGACAGCCCUCUGUUCUUUUUGUUUAUGA